AUGCGGCUUCCUCAAGUUUUGCUGGUGGUCGCGGCUUGCUUCCUGCUCACCUGUGAGGCUCUCUCGACAGGCACGGGCUCCAACCAGGCCCAAAUCGUCAAAGCGACAUCGGAGAGAACGAUCUCGAAGUCUGAAAUGAAGGCGAUCCUCAGUGAACUGGCUAUUGAGUGGGCGAAGGCCAAGGCAAACUUUAACCACCUACUAUUCCAUCCCAAGUACCCGCAGUACCAAGCGAGACUCAACGAAGUCAUCACUACGAAAAAGUUGAGUGGGGCCCCUUGA